GCGACGGAAAUAGAACGUCUGGAGGGUUGGGGGUUAUUUAUAUAAGCUGGUGGGCUGCUGCUUUUAUAUUCUGGGUUUGAUUCAAUGGCAUUUCCAUAGUCCCAAUACUCCUCUCUGCUUCAACUUCUUCCAAGGUUGUUUCCGUUCGUGAGAGCUGAAGCGUGUGUGUGGGGGUCAUCGCUUGUUUACGAGAGAAACAAAGGUUCUGGUGAAGGGCUGCUUCUUGACAGACAGUAUGCCGCCUGUGCAAGGAGAAGUGUCUCUCCUGACCCUUUUUGCAGACGUCCACUACUACUUCAGCCCACCCACCCAAAAGCCCCCGCACCACCGCUUCGACAAGUCCAGCUACGUGUAUCUAUACCACAAUCCCAUCCAGCAGAGUGGGAGGAUCGAGAUUGCAAAUCAUGCUGGAACUCCGGACCAGGACGCCUUUGCUGGCUCACUGGAUACCGUCAAGAUAGAACAGUCCUAUAAGCACCCAUGCCUCUUUUCCCUCACGGUCGAUGCGUUCCGCAGUCGAGGAGGGAGCGCGGCUCCCAGCCCCCAGCAGGACAUGUCCCAGUGGCAUCUCCCCUCGCCUGACCCCCGCGGAGACGGCAAGUACAUGUAUCGCAUACAUACUGUGGACCUGUAUUUCUGGACCCCAGACGACGCGGGCCUGUUUCUUGAUUCGUUGAAGAGGGUGGCCCAACCGCACCAGCUGCAAAUCGUAGCGAACCCGCAUGCUGCAAUCGAACACAAGACGGAUGUGAUGAAUCCGGUCGUGGCUAAGUUGGAGAAAGCAGCCAUCUCACAGUCCACUCCCAGCCCUAGUCAGAGCAAUUCCUUCCCUGGGCCUCCUCCUGCACCUGCACCGGCUCCGAGCACGAGUCCACCUGCAUCAACCUUCACACCCAUUCCAUACAAUCCAGCAGCACCAGCCGCCCCUGAGCCCAUCGCACCUCGGGAGAAGACGCCGCCUCCCCCUGACGCAGCUGACGGUACGGGUCUCAAUGCGGCCGCCCACCAUGAUCAACAGGGCCAGCAGUACCAAAACCCCCUCCAAGCCUCCUUCACCCCGCAACCUACCUCCGGUCCCUACAUUCCCGGACCGCUCUCGCGUGCUCAAACCUUCUCCGGUCCCCCCACUCCAGGCAUUCAACGCGCUCCAACCUCGAUCUCCGUGUCUCUCCCACCGCCACCUCAAAGCCCGCCUGCCUUCGCUCCCCCUCCCACCGCACCUCCACCAACCCAACAAUACGCAAACUACGCAGCCGCAAACCCCGGGCACGCCCAACCCCUCCAAUCCCCCAGCUUUGGCCCUUCAGCCGCACACCACACGCCCCUCCCUUCCCCAGGCUUCCCCCCGCAACAGUACCAACCGCUCGCCUCCCCGCCUCCAGGAGGCUACGCACAGUACCAGUACGGUAGCACGACGCAGCAAGUCCCAGGCACGGACCCGUACGCAACGCACCAGCAGGUGUAUCGGCCGACGGAGCAGGAGGCGAGCGUGGAAGCGGGCAACGAGGCACCAGAGAAGCCGAGGAAUUCGAAUAUCGGGCGGAGGGCGGAGAAGGUGGAGAAAGGGGUGGGCAAGUUGUUGAAGAAGUUGGAUAAGAAGUUUUAGGUGGGAUAACUAGGAGGUGUGUGUGACCAUUGGGAAGGAACGCAUUUUUGAAAGUUUGGAUGGGAAUGCUUGAGUUACUGAUUAGGUUAGCGAGGGAGUUUUGAUUUAUGAUGGCUUGAUGACGGCGGCAUUUGCAGGAGUAUAUGAGGUUAUGAUUGAGGUUGUUAAGCAGCGCAUUGCCUCCCCGUCUACGGGCAGAUGCAUUUCGUUCUUUCGCUUUAGGAGCACGAUGGAGUGUUAACUUCCGACUCAACAAGAUGCGAUGUGUUAGAUCGCACCUGAGCAGCUUGAAUGUGUGGUCUAUAUGUAAACAUCUAGGUACGUACCUACUAUAAGAAUGGCCGUAGGAUCCC